UUCUCGAGUCCAUUUUAUUCAUUCUGCUAGGCAUAGCAAGACCUUAGGGCUAGACGGCUUCAAGGAUCUACGCACCACGGAUCCCCCAUUUGCCUUCGCACACACACCUCUCUUACCACAGCACGCGGGCUUUUGGUGACGCCAUCCUGUUGGUUUAGCUGCAUCUCUGUCGAUUCUUGUGUGUUGCUACCUCUACUGGUGCAUUACCUUGGUGAAUCACCACCAUGUUGGGAAGCUCAUCGAGAAAGCCAUAUUCGGCUGUGUCGGUGCAGAUUGACCGUCUCACCAGCGAACAAUAUGAAGAGGAUGAUCUCAGUGGAAUUAUUGACCUGGUCGAGGUCAUCCGCAUCCAGUCCUCUGGUCCGACGGAAGCAGCCAGAGCUAUCCGCAAGAAGCUGAAGUAUGGUAAUCCUCAUAGUCAGAUCAGAGCUCUGAACAUCCUGGACGGACUGAUUCAAAAUGCUGGAAGCCGCUUCCAGAAGACUUUUGCCGAUGAACCUCUUCUGGAACGACUUCGUCUAAUGGUUCGGGACGAUAUGGUCGACCUCGAAGUACGGAACAAGUGCAACAUCCUCUUUAGGCAAUGGGCUGUAGCCUACAAAGAUACUCCUGGCCUCCACAACAUCGCCAACCUCUACAAGCAGCUGCCUCAGAAGCCUCGCCCUCGCCAGGCUCAGGCAAAGGCAAAGGUCCUGCGCGAAACAGAAGCAGAUGUCCAUGAGGACCCGUCUCCUACUCCCCUUCCGCAACCCUCUCGUGGUCACUCACGCUCCAGCUCUGCAGUAAACGCCUCGGCCUCCGCCUCACGUCCAGUCACUCUAACGACCACACCCCACUACUCAAUCCGCGACGCCGUCAGAGCCUCCACCAAAAAAAAGGACAAGACCACCGCCACAAAGUUCAACUUCGAAAAGGAAAAGCCUAACAUGAUCCAAAGUAUCGCUCAAGCUUCCAUCGCCUCUACCAAUCUCCUCAAUGGACUGCAACUCAUCAACCGUGAGAAUGAGCGCGUCUCUGAGAACCCUGAGGUGAUGAAUCGCUUCGAGACUUGCAAACUACUGAGGAGAAACAUAUUGAGGUAUAUCCAACUGGUGGAACAUGAUGAUUGGAUCGGUAGUCUGCUCUCUGCUAAUGACGAAUUGGUCAAGGCGUUGACGAGCUACGAAAUAAUGGAUCGCUCGCUUGACGACGACAGCGACAGUGAUGCUUGGGAGCACAUGCCUGAGGAAGGAGGAUCAUCGCAUGCUACAGGCGCCGAGUCCCAACUCGCUGGAUUGAAGUUGGGAGGAGAAGAGGCAGCGCCACCCAAGCCCCCUCGACCUGGUCAACUCGCCAUGCCCGCCAGACCUGAUUAUGGCAAGGCCAGAGCACAAGAGGACAGCGAAUCCGAGAACGAGUACGAGGAAGACGAUGAAGACAAUCCGUUUGGCGACUCAAAUGCGGUCAAGACGCCUCACAUCGAACGACCCGGCAUGACUUGGAAGAACGUCUAGAAGAAAGGCUCCGAGGAAAGCUCAAUGAGGAACCCCACCUAGGAAGCUCUCAGGAUCAAAAACGAGGAAGCGAAAGCAACCGAGGAAGCCCUCUGGGAACGAACUGA